AUGACACAUGAAGCCCCCACUUGGAUCCUCUGGGCCAGUGAAGAACUGCCCCGGGAAGGGGAGGACCCUGGAGCCUCAGCCUCCGCGAGCUGGAAGUGUCCUGACGCGGAUCACGGCGUCCGUGCGCGGCUGCACGCUGGCCUGGUGGCCCAGGCACAUGGUGGGGUGGUCAGCCGGCUGGAGACCUUGGCAGCGGUUACUUGUCUUGCAGGAGUGCCCAGCACCAGACACAGGCCCACAAGGGGCUGGAAGACGCCCCAGGCUGUGGGCAGAGCUGGCCCUGUGCCCGUCUGGCCUCCCCGCCAGGCUGAGCGCUCCCACUCCUCAGGCUGGGCAGCACCACUCUGGAGUCGUUACCAUGGGGUUGCCGGUUCAAAUCCACAGCCAUGGAAGAAGGACAGUGAGGCUGUCUCCUUGCACAAAGAGUUACAGCGUCAGGAAGCUGACCCUGGGUAUCCUGGGUGGGGCGCGCCCGCCCCGGUGGCCCUGAGAGGCGGGCAAGUUCGUGGCGCCCCGAACCCGGCCCGAGCCCUGCGCGCAGCCAGGACGGCCGGGCUCCAGCCAUCGAACCCAGCCCGCUCGGGAGGCUCUUUCCAGGAAGCGGAGCGGAGCCGGCGAAUUCCCGACAGCGACCCAGGCGCGCGCCUACCCGCCCGGGGCAGCCGGGCAGCCGCGCCUCCAGCAGCCGAUCAAUGCAUCCGCCUGUCCGCCGCCCCGCGCAGGGAGGGGGCCGGGCCCCGGACGCAGCUUGCCGGGUCCCUGCCUGCAUCCUGCACCACAGCGGCCCUCGCAGAAGGCCUGGGUGCUGGCACGUCUCAGGAGGCACCCCCUUCGUCCUGUCCUUGCUGA